AUGUCCUCACCAGGUUCCACCACCUCUUUGCCCAGCGGCCUGGCCGUCCUGACGACUUUCCCAGAUGUGCUCUUCAUUCCUGAAAUUAUCUUUGGGGGCCUUGUCUGGAUCCUGGUGGCAUCCUCAAAGGUCCCAUUCCCCAUGCUGCAAGGCUGGGUGAUGUUUGUCUCUGUGUUCUGCUUCGUCAUGUCCACCAUCCUUCUGUGCCUCUACAUCUUCAGUGUGCAUGGGGGCAGCAGCUACUGGGUCACCUUGGAUGUCAUCUGCCAGUCGACAGCAGCUCUGUUCUACCUCAGUGCUGCUGUGUUGGAGGCCUACUCCACCUAUCUCCUUGGCUUGUCUUCGUUAGUGAUCAUCUACCGGGAGAACAUUGCUGCGGUGGUAUUUGCAUUCUUAGCUACCCUGGUGUAUGUGAUCCAUAAGGUGUUCUCUGUCCUGCGAUGGAAAUCAUCCUAA